GGCUGCAGCCCGGCUCCGCUGCGCUCUCAGCCACCGCCUCCUCCAGGCUCCGGGUCUUCCCCUUCCUCUUACAACUGAUCCUGUUGGGGAUUUUUUUUUUUUUUUUCUAUAUUGGAACGGUGGGGAGGAGCAGGGAGGGGGGACCAGGAGGAAGGGGAGAGAUCAGGCAGCUUUCUAUCUCCUCCUGUUUUUCCCAGAACAGGUGAUGCUUCUAAAUUGUGAUCACUUUUUGGAGAAAGCUCUGCAACUGGAAGGAUGCGGGCGACCUAGGGUGGUGGAAGUCCCGAGGCGGCAGAUCUGAAGCCACCGAGGAUAAAAACCCAAACUUUUGACUGCAUCGUGCGUGUAGGGAAGGGCUGAUUAUUGCUUUUCAAGAGGGUCCCAAACUUCGCCACUUGCCCUCUUUCUCGGAUUGCUUGUGAGAACACCGUUUGCUGCCCUCGUUGGAAAGUCGGGGCGGUGUUGUCGUAAAGUCACUUUUAAGGCGACAGUAGAGGAUUAGACUUUUUAAAUGUUUGGGAUUCAAGAUACGCUAGGAAGAGGACCAGCUCUGAAAGAAAAGUCGCUGGGCGCCGAGAUGGAUUCGGUCAGGUCCUGGGUCCGGAACGUCGGCGUGGUGGAUGCCAAUGUCGCGGCUCAGAGCGGAGUGGCCCUGUCCCGGGCCCACUUUGAAAAGCAACCUCCCUCUAACUUGAGGAAAUCCAACUUCUUUCAUUUUGUGCUGGCGCUCUACGACAGGCAGGGACAGCCGGUGGAGAUCGAGCGCACGGCCUUCGUGGACUUUGUGGAGAACGACAAAGAGCAAGGCAACGAGAAGACCAACAACGGCACCCAUUACAAGUUACAGCUCCUUUACAGCAACGGUGUCCGCACUGAACAGGACCUCUAUGUCAGGCUCAUCGACUCUGUCACCAAGCAGCCCAUAGCCUAUGAGGGACAGAACAAGAAUCCAGAAAUGUGCCGGGUUCUGCUGACGCAUGAGGUGAUGUGCAGUCGAUGCUGCGAGAAGAAGAGCUGCGGGAACCGGAAUGAGACUCCAUCAGACCCCGUCAUCAUUGAUAGAUUCUUUUUAAAAUUUUUCCUGAAGUGCAAUCAGAAUUGUUUGAAAACAGCAGGAAACCCAAGGGACAUGAGACGGUUCCAGGUCGUGUUGUCAACAACAGUAAAUGUGGACGGACAUGUGCUGGCUGUUUCCGACAACAUGUUUGUACAUAACAACUCUAAGCAUGGAAGAAGAGCUAGAAGGCUUGACCCAUCAGAAGCUACACCCUGCAUCAAAGCCAUCAGCCCAAGUGAAGGCUGGACCACAGGAGGAGCCAUGGUCAUCAUCAUUGGUGACAACUUUUUUGAUGGUCUCCAAGUUGUGUUUGGUACCAUGCUUGUAUGGAGUGAGCUCAUAACCCCUCAUGCCAUCAGAGUACAGACCCCUCCCCGGCACAUCCCUGGAGUUGUGGAAGUGACCCUGUCUUAUAAAUCCAAACAGUUCUGCAAAGGAGCCCCAGGCAGGUUCAUUUACACAGCCUUAAAUGAACCCACUAUAGACUAUGGCUUCCAGAGACUGCAGAAAGUCAUCCCAAGGCACCCAGGGGACCCCGAGAGGUUAGCCAAGGAAAUGCUAUUGAAAAGAGCUGCGGACCUAGUGGAAGCCCUCUAUGGCACACCCCACAAUAAUCAGGACAUCAUUUUAAAGCGUGCUGCAGACAUUGCGGAAGCCCUGUACAGUGUCCCAAGGAACCCCAGUCAGAUUCCAGCUCUCUCCAGCUCCCCAGCUCACAGUGGCAUGAUGGGUAUCAACUCUUAUGGCAGCCAGCUGGGAGUCAGCAUCUCAGAGUCCACACAAGGAAAUAACCAAGGAUACAUUCGCAACACAAGCAGCAUCUCCCCUCGGGGAUACUCCUCCAGCUCCACGCCUCAGCAAUCUAAUUACAGCACCUCCAGUAACAGCAUGAACGGCUACAGCAAUGUCCCUAUGGCCAACCUGGGUGUGCCAGGAUCACCAGGAUUUCUGAAUGGAUCACCCACAGGCUCCCCAUACGGAAUCAUGUCAUCAAGCCCCACCGUUGGAUCCUCCAGCACAUCCUCCAUCCUUCCAUUUUCCUCCUCAGUUUUUCCUGCUGUCAAACAGAAGAGUGCCUUUGCCCCUGUCAUCAGGCCCCAAGGCUCCCCUUCGCCUGCCUGCUCCAGUGGCAAUGGAAAUGGAUUCAGAGCCAUGACGGGACUUGUUGUACCCCCAAUGUAAAGUAGAGGAAGAGCUGCUUUCUCAUAGUACAAAACUACUUAUUCCGAUGGACCAAUUAUGAAGGAAGCACUCGGAGCUCGUUGGGGAGAGUUGCGCCCCUGAACGGCCAUGUUGGACAGAUUUGGGAAGGUGAAGAGCUGCCAUGAUGGUCUCAAGUUCUUCAUGAAGCUUUGACAGUAACUACACAAACUGACCCUUUUGGAGACAAGGACAGAAAAAAAUGUCAUUGAGGUGGUCAGUGCUAAGAGCAGAAAUGCGAUUCUUUGUUAUGAACAUUACAAAAACCACCUUCCUAUGUUUGUAAAAUAUUUAAGAAAAACAUUGGCAAACAUUCAUGCUUAAUAUUUUGGAUACUAUUUGUUUUUCUUUGUAGGAAAAAAAGUUGAAAGUUUCUAUUUUCUAUGAAUCCUUUCAGAUACCAAUUUAGUUUAAUGCAGAAAAAAAUUGAACAAAACAGGGUACCAGCAUGGGAGACUUUCUUAAAAAUGAAACCUGAACCGAAUGAGGAAAUGUUGUAUGUGUGUUUGCUUAUACUUUAAGCUCUUAAAAAAAACAAAAAGGGAAAAAAAUUUAAAAUGUUUUACAGUUAUUUAAAUAAAUAAACGUGUAACUUAUUGUAAGUAGAAGUAGAAAUUAAGACUUUUUUUUAAGAAGAGAGGAAUAUCUCUUCCUGUUGUAAAAUGAAAUUGACACAAACAGGUAGUGACAAGUUUUAAAGGUGUGUGGUUAUUACAGUUGCUUAUUAGAUUCUUAUCCUACAUCCCGCACCCCUCUCUUUUUCUAUCGUUUUAUUGACCCACGCACAACACUGUAACUUGUGCGGAUUCCCUCAGAACAACCCACCACGAAACCAGACUCAGAGACAUGCUGGAACACAAACAUUCCAACCCAUCACUUCAUUCCCAGACCUGCCUUCUAAAGAGUUCACAGGUCAGUUGUGGUGUCCACUCUUGGUGAAGCAUUUUAAAAACUUCAUUCUUUCCCAAGCAAUGCAGGGAGUCCCUGUGUUACCAUCUCAGCGUUGACUAUCCCUAGAUAAGAACUAUCUCUAAGAAGGGCUCAAGCCACUUGACUACGCUGACCACAGGGUCUUCAGAAUUUCUCCUUUGCAGAGCCAUCUGGCCUUUCCUCUUCCAGUGCCUGAUUUAGGCAUGGGGACAGGAAGCUCCACAGAACUUUGCAGAAAGUGGUUGGGGAGAGUAGCUGUGCUCCUUGGAUGCUUAAGACUCAGUCUUCGACUGUUCCCUUUCUAUGCAGAGUUUUCCUUUUAUGUUAUUAAACUCCCUUGGAAAAACAUGUAUCUUACCUGUUUCUGGGAAGAGUGGGGUGGGGUGUAGAUUAGAGAUUAGAGAUUCAGAAAUCUCUAAGCUUCUAUCCUUCUGCCCAAAGACAUGGACAUUGGCAUUUCUGGGAGAUUGGGAGGUUAGUGGUAGCUGGGUUCUAAGCAGUGCAGUUACCCAGCCUGCCCUGGGAACCCUGUGCUGCCUACCUAGUUCUAGGCGGGGGGUGGGGGGUGAGGGAGACCCUGCAGUAGUUGCUAACAGUGGUAGACUCUUGAAAAUGUGCGUGGUCCUGGAGAUGCAAUUAGACUUGCCUGGCUUGACAAUAGGAUGUCAUUGUUUUCCAGGUCAGGUGUCUUCUCUUUGAUUCCACAGACUUAGCUCGGGGUUCUUGGUUAGGCUUCUAGCAUUGGAAAUUGAUACCACUUCCAUGGAAAAAAAUCUUUAGUGCUUCUGAGCCAAUUUUAGAUGACCCUCUCUUUGCCCCACUGGUUUAUGUCCUCACUGACUCAACCCUCAGCUGUCUUCUUUGCCUUUAGUUUGCUUUGGAAUUACCCAAGAUGACACUUUCCCCCCCUAUGCACAUGAGAACCCACAAGUUUUGAAACCAGGCAUGCUCAUAACUCUUGCUGACAGUCCUUCAUAGUCAGGGCUCACAGCACCAAAAUAUAUGGAAAUGCAUGAGAAAAACGUCCCUGGCUAACAAUCUGGUACUGGGGAAAGAAUGUGUGGAAUACGAACCUCACCAUCCCAAAAUGGAGGCGGAACAAAAUUAAGCAUGUUUAGAGCUGGAUUUGAGCCAAUCCAACAUAAGGACAUUUUUUUUCUUAAGUAGCAUAGCUUUUAGAACCUGUGAAUCUUUCUCUUGCAUGAAGAUUAGUGCAGUACUGUCUUCAGAAUGACCUUAGAGUCUGUCAGUAGCUUUACACCGAAGACUGUGUGUAACUAAAUACCUGACAUCUUUGACCAUUCACUAGGACCUCGGCAGCCACAGAUCUAUUUAACUGUACAAAUGUGUGUAAGGACUAUUUUUAGUGUACUAAUAAAUUAAAAACAAAGCCA